CUUCUGCCUGAGACAGAAGGUCCGUUUCUGGUCUCAACCAACAUCCAAAAACCCUAUCUCCGAUUCUCCGAUCCUAAACCCCCUGAACCGUGGCAAAAUGCUCCUUCGAUGUCGGCCUCUGAUAAUCAAUCUCGCUUCUCCAACCUCGUCGCCGUUUCAAUCUCGCCGAUUUCAUGCAACCCGGCUGUUCAAUAACUCGACGUUGACCCGUUAUGUCUCCACCUCUUUGGCCGCGAACACCGCGAAACGGUCGAUCUCCGACGCGGCCAAGUUCAUUCGCUCUGUAUUGUUCGUACCACCGGGCGUGGACCCGGAGGAGGUCACGGAGGAUAUGGUGCUUCCAGGUUCGAAUAUAGUCAUCGGACCCUUCGCGGGUCAUUCCCAGAUCAGGGAGGUCGAGUUCGUGAAGAGCAGUGGUCGGGCCAAGGACUGUCCGAAAGACGAUCGGCCCGAGUUCGCGAUUCUUGGUCGGUCUAACGUGGGCAAGUCUUCACUCAUCAAUUGUUUGGUCCGUAAGAAGGAAGUGGCGCUCACAUCGAAGAAACCAGGAAAGACUCAGCUUAUCAAUCACUUCUUGGUGAACAAAAGCUGGUACAUUGUGGAUUUGCCCGGUUAUGGCUUUGCUAAAGCUUCGGACACUGCAAGAAUGGAUUGGUCUGCAUUCACGAAAGGCUACUUUUUGAAUAGAGACACUCUGGUUGGUGUUCUUCUUCUGAUCGAUGCAAGCGUUCCUCCUCAAAAGAUAGAUCUUGACUGUGCCAAUUGGCUAGCCCGCAACAAUAUACCGAUGACCUUUGUAUUCACAAAGUGCGACAAAAUGAAGAAGGGGAAGAGGCCAGACGAGAACAUCAAAACCUUCCAACAAAUCAUCAGAGAGAACUAUCCCCGACAUCCACCUUGGAUUUUGACAAGCAGUGUAUCCGGCUUGGGCAGAGACGAGCUUCUCCUUCACAUGUCACAGCUAAGAAACUACUGGGAUCAGUAGGGUGAGGAUUCUGAAAUAUCCAAACUUAGAGCAGAGAACACCGGUCGGAAAGUUUUUCACUUUGUGUAGAUUGCCAGGUGUUCAUACGAUAACCAUUUCACACUUUUUUUCUUGUUUUCGAGUGUCGGGUUUGAUGUUUUUAACGAGAUAAGAGCAUGUGCAAGUUCAAGUUGUAGAAUGGCAUUUGUAUAUUUGUUAAUGUUUUGUUGCAAACAGUUUUGAGGAACAA